AUGACGACCAGGCUACCAAAACUGGUCGCUUUCGAUCUAGACUAUACGCUUUGGGAUUUCUGGAUCGAUACUCACGUACAUCCUCCAUUAAAGCGACACCACGUCACUGGCAAAGUCAUCGAUAGCCAGCGCAAACCCAAGACAAUAGACUUCUACAGAGAUGUGCCACAGAUCAUGCAUCGCCUACAAGCAGCGGGCGUAACGAUCGCUGCGUGCUCACGGACGGAUGCGCCGUCAUUAGCUCGCGAAGCCUUAGAUCUCAUACUUAUACCCCCGAGGACCGGCAGCGACAGCAGCGCUAAACCAAUUCCCGCAAUCAAGUUUUUUGAUCAGCUGGAGAUAUACCCUUCUUCCAAGAUCAGACAUUUCAAGAAACUUCAUGAGAAGACUGGGAUACCCUAUGACGAGAUGCUAUUCUUCGACGACGAAUGGAGGAAUCAGGAAGUAGAAGAACUUGGCGUAACAUUCACACUUGUCCAAAACGGUCUCAAUGACCGAAUUCUAGAGAAAGGGCUAGAGGAAUGGAGAAAGAGGCACCCUGUUCAAGUCACCGAAGACGCGGUGGAAGCAGAUGAAACUCUUAUCUCAUAG